GCUGCGCAUGCGUAAAUAAACGUGGCGGGCCGUAGGUGUCAUGGCGCGCUCCAUGUAUAGUCUGUGCAGCUUCCGGAGAGUGGCGGCUUGAUUCUCUCACUUUGGACUGGUUUUAACUUCCCAGCUUCUGGACUCAUCUUUCAAGAGGACUUUAGACUAAUUGCAGAUAAAUAAGAGAAUAUGCCUUCUGCAUCCUGUGAUAUGCUGCUGGAGGACAUUGAAGAUAUCGUGUCUCAGGAAGAUUCAAAACCACAAGAUAGGCAUUUUGUAAGAAGGGAUGUUGUCCCAAAGGCACGAAAGCGAAAUACCCAAAAAUAUUUGCAAGAGGAAGACAGUCCACCAAGUGACAGCACUAUUCCAGGCAUACAGAAAAUUUGGAUACGGACAUGGGGCUGUUCUCAUAAUAAUUCAGAUGGAGAAUAUAUGGCUGGACAGCUAGCUGCUUAUGGUUAUAAAAUUACAGAAAAUGCAUCAGAUGCAGAUUUAUGGCUCCUGAACAGUUGCACUGUAAAAAACCCGGCUGAAGACCACUUUAGAAACUCAAUUAAAAAAGCUCAAGAGGAGAACAAGAAAAUAGUACUGGCUGGAUGUGUUCCUCAAGCCCAGCCUCGCCAGGACUACCUCAAAGGACUGAGUAUCAUUGGGGUUCAACAGAUAGAUCGUGUGGUAGAAGUUGUAGAGGAAACAAUUAAAGGUCACUCUGUGAGACUGCUGGGUCAGAAGAAGGAUAAUGGAAAGCGGCUGGGGGGAGCACGAUUGGAUUUGCCAAAGAUUAGGAAGAAUCCACUGAUUGAAAUCAUUUCCAUCAAUACUGGGUGUCUCAAUGCUUGUACCUACUGCAAAACUAAACAUGCCAGAGGAAAUUUGGCCAGUUACCUGAUUGAUGAGCUAGUAGAUAGAGCCAAACAAUCUUUUCAAGAGGGUGUUUGUGAGAUAUGGUUGACCAGUGAAGACACGGGGGCUUAUGGCAGAGAUAUUGGCACCAAUCUCCCCACACUCCUUUGGAAACUGGUUGAAGUGAUUCCUGAGGGAGCAAUGCUGAGGCUUGGCAUGACAAAUCCACCCUAUAUUUUAGAGCAUCUGGAGGAAAUGGCGAAAAUCCUUAAUCACCCCAGAGUCUAUGCAUUUCUGCACAUACCAGUCCAGUCUGCCUCCGACAGCGUACUCAUGGAAAUGAAAAGAGAAUACUGUGUGGCUGACUUCAAAAGAGUCGUGGAUUUUCUGAAAGAGAAAGUUCCUGGAAUAACUAUUGCUACAGAUAUUAUCUGUGGUUUUCCUGGAGAAACAGAUCAGGAUUUUCAAGAAACAGUGAAACUUGUUGAAGAGUACAAAUUUCCAAGCCUCUUUAUUAACCAAUUUUACCCACGACCAGGAACUCCUGCUGCAAAAAUAGAACAAGUUCCAGCACAAGUGAAAAAGCAAAGGACAAAAGAUCUUUCUCGAGUGUUUCAUUCUUACAGUCCAUAUGAUCACAAGAUUGGUGAAAGACAGCAAGUGUUAGUAACAGAAGAAUCUUUUGAUUCCAAGUUUUAUGUUGCACACAAUCGAUUCUAUGAGCAGGUUUUAGUGCCAAAGAACCCUGCAUUCAUGGGGAAAAUGGUUGAAGUGGACAUCUAUGAAUCAGGCAAACAUUUUAUGAAAGGGCGGCCAGUGUCAGAUGCCAGAGUGUACACGCCUUCCAUCAGCAAACCGCUUGCAAAGGGAGAAGUCUCGGGUUUGACGAAGGAUUUCAGGAACGGGCUUGGGAACCACGUGAGUCCAGGAUCCCACACCCCUGCUGCCUCUCAGCCCGGCUCGGCGAGUUCCGGAAUGGUGCUGCGCAGGCCGAGGCUACAGCAAGACUGUGCGCCCAGGACGGCCGUGGGUCUGGCUCUGCUGGCUCUUCUUUUGGCUUUUUUUGUCAAGGUCUAUAAUUAGAAUACAACUAAAUGAAGCAUCUGUAAAGAAGAAUACGUUUCUAAAUAAAAUCUUCAAUGAACAGGAAA